UAGUAAAGUGUAUGUAUUUUAUGCCCUUCACAUGCCGGUAGAGAGGGAGGGAGGGAGGGAGGGAGAGGGUAUUGGGCUCUGCUUUAUUUGGAAUGGUGAAAAGAAAUUAUAAAGACAACGCCAACCAAAAGCAAAGGUAUUGGUGAGCGAUCAGGACUGAAAGACAGUCUUUUUGUUGAAACCGAGAUGGGAAAACAAGAAGAAUAUCAAGAGACAGAAACAGAAUCAAAUUCAUCAGAUGAUGAGGAAGAUGAGGAGCCCGAGAAAUGGAAAAAACAUUACUCAUCAAAGCACAGGAUGUUGUUGGUCGGAGAAGGUGACUUCUCCUUCUCUGUUUCUCUAGCUAGAGCUUUUGGUUCUGCUUGCAACUUGGUCUCUACUACUGUUGAUGCCCAAGAUACCGUAGCUAAAAAUUACAGUAAUGGAGUACGAAACGUGAGGGAACUAGAAGAGAAGGGAGGGUUAGUGUUCUAUGGAGUGGAUGCAAAAGAGAUGAGUGAACACUUCUUUUUGAGGACUCAGAGGUUUGAUCGAAUUGUCUUUAACUUCCCUCAUGUUGGUUUCCUCUUCCCUGAGGCUAGCUACUGCCAAAUCCAGUCGAACAAGAGACUGAUAAAGGGUUAUUUAAGCAAUGCCAAAGUUCUUUUGAAGCAGGAUAAAGGGGAGAUUCAUGUAACACACAAGGAAGGUGACCCAUAUGAUAAAUGGGAUUUGGUCAAGAAAGCAGAGAAGAUUGGCUUGGGUUUGCACGAAAUUGUGCCCUUCUCCAGAGGUGAUUAUCCAGGAUAUGAGAACAAGAGAGGCCACGGUAGCCAAUCCGAUGCUCCUUUUCGACUUGGGGAUUCCAGUACUUACAAGUUCAAGCCCAACCAUUCAUCAAAGUUCAAAUAGAUCAUCAAGUAGAAAUGCCUGAGUGUUUGGGUGUGAUAACCGAGUAGAAGUGUGGACUCAUUAAGUACAUCCGUGGAGCUUGUGUUUCUGUAUAUUCAUCAAGCUGAUGUUUCGUAAUUAUUACUUGUAUUUUUCAGUGUUCAGAAAUAAAAAAAAACUUUAGCAGAUGAGUGCUAUCUUAAGCAAACUCUCUGAUCUUUGCUUUGCCGUGAGGUGCUUCUCAUAGAUACAUCUCAGGAGAAGGCCUAUGGUUAUACUGACAUGUUGGCAAAGUAUGAUAGUGAUUAAUCAGAGUUUGUGUUUGAUCUUCAUAUAAAUUAUGUAAUGUAUAA